AUGUCGUCCCGGAAGCAUACAGACCGCAAAGUACUGACCUCAAGACACUGGACACAUAAUACUGACCACAUUCUACUGACCUCAAGACACUGGACACAUAAUACCGACCGCAUUCUACUGACAUCAAGACACUGGACACAUAAUACCGACCGCAUUCUACUGACAUCAAGACACUGGACACAUAAUACCGACCGCAUUCUACUGACCUCAAGACACUGGACACAUAAUACUGACCACAUUCUACUGACCUCAAGACACUGGACACAUAAUACCGACCACAGUCUACUGACAUCAAGACACUGGACACAUAAUACUGACCACAUUCUACUGACACCAAGACACUGGACACAUAAUACAGUUCACAUUCUACUGACAUCAAGACACUGGACGCAUAAUACCGACCACAUUCUACUGACCUCAAGACACUGGACACAUAAUACCGACCACAGUCUACUGACAUCAAGACACUGGACACAUAAUACUGACCACAUUCUACUGACACCAAGACACUGGACACAUAAUACCGACCACAUUCUACUGACAUCAAGACACUGGACACAUAAUACCGACCACAUUCUACUGACACCAAGACACUGGACACAUAAUACCGACCACAUUCUACUGACCUCAAGACACUGGAAACAUAAUACUGACCACAUUCUACUGACACCAAAACACUGGACACAUAAUACUGACCACAUUCUACUGACACCAAAACACUGGACACAUAAUACCGACCGCAUUCUACUGACAUCAAGACACUGGACACAUAAUACCGACCACAUUCUACUGACAUCAAGACACUGGACACAUAAUACCGACCACAUUCUACUGACCUCAAGACGCUGA